AUGUCUGAGUCGCCGCCGUUGCCACCACCACCUCAUGACUUCACCGAUCACAAGCAACACAUGAAAUGGCUGGUCGAGCGUGAGAAAUAUGCGCGAAAUACUGUUCCUAUGAUACCAGCUGAUUUUUCCAAAGGAUCACACAGCAAGAGCAUUUCGUCCACUGUUCUGCAGAGAGCACUGGGUAAUCCUUUCGUACCGAUCGGCAUGGCUGCUACUGUUGGAUGUCUCGUUGGCUUGAAACCAGAAGGAGUGGGAACUCCUCCAGAAGAUUAUGCAAGCUCAUUUACGAGUGAAGUGAACAAGGCGUAG